CUUAUCUGAAUUGAUCAGACAUUUAUCUCUGAAUAGUUAAGCAAUAUACUAGUUCUUAAUGGUUCAAACCUUUUACUGGUUCAGCACUUAAUGGUUCAGGCCUCUUAUUGGUUCAGAACUUGCCUAUUUUUCACGACUAACUACUAAGAGAGUUGGAUUCUUUAGUUAAUACGGAAGAGAGUUUGAGAUACCCCACCACAAGGAAGAGAGCUGGAUUAGUUAAUACGGAAGAGAAUAGGAGAAGGAGAUAACACUGGAAGAGAUGAUAGGCAUUUCAACGUUUUCUCAAUCUCAAAAAUGGUAUCCGACGCCUAUGAAUGUCGCCACAAGUCUCAGGAAAGUUCCUCUUCAACUGGCCAUCAUCAAACCUAAUCCACCGUCAAGAAAACAGAAGAAGAGGAAACCGCCGAUUUGUUGCCUCGCUUUGAGAUCCGGCGAGCUGAAGCCGUUGGUGGUGGUUGGAUCGGCCAAUGCAGACAUCUACGUAGAGAUCGACAGGCUGCCGCAAGAAGGGGAGACCAUAUCAGCCAAGAGCGGCCAGACCAUGGCCGGGGGGAAGGGGGCGAACCAGGCCGCUUGCGGGGGGAAAUUAGGGCACCCGACCUACUUUAUGGGGCAGGUGGGCGAGGAUGCUCACGGGAAGUUGAUCUCCGAGGCACUUGAGAGUGGCGGCGUGCUGCUAGACCGCCUCCGGGUUGUGGCGGAUGCACCCACUGGCCACGCGGUGGUGAUGCUCCAAGGCAAUGGUCAGAACUCGAUCAUCAUUGUUGGGGGUACCAACAUGUCUUGCUGGCCGGAGGUUUUGGCGGAUGAGGACUUGGAAGUGGUGAGGAAUGCUGGUAUUCUUCUGCUCCAGAGGGAAAUUCCUGAUUCUGUCAACAUUCAAGUUGCAAAGGCUGCUAGGAGUGCACGGGUUCCAAUUAUUCUGGAUGCUGGUGGUGUGGAUGCUCCAAUCCCUUCAGAGCUUCUACGUGUGGUUGACGUUUUCAGCCCAAAUGAGACUGAACUUGCUCGGUUAACCGAAAUGCCAACUGAAAAUUUUGAACAAAUCAGGCAUGCUGUGCAAAAAUGCCACAACUUGGGUGUUAAUCAAGUUCUUGUGAAACUCGGGGACAAAGGAUCUGCUCUGUUUUGUAAAGGGGAGGAGGAACCAAUUAGACAGCCCAUCGUCAAGGCUGAGAAAGUCGUUGACACAACUGGUGCCGGGGACACUUUUACCGCUGCUUUUGCAGUUGCCCUUGUGGAAGGUAAAUCCAAAAAGGAAAGCCUCGCUUUUGCAGCUGCCGCAGCAUCUCUCUGCGUUCAAGUCAAGGGAGCCAUUCCAAGCAUGCCUGAGAGGAGAAGAGUUUUGAAUCUUCUGCACUCUCUUCACACACAAGCACCAUAAUUACAUGAAGAGCAGCUAGCUACCAAGUGCCAACACUUUUGAUGCCAUUCUUCUUGCAGAUGAUUAGAAUUUGUUUUUCUUUAAAAGGAGCUGAUUGGAACAGUUUAUUUAUAUACGGAGUAAUAAUAAUUUAUUUGAGUUUUUACAAUUCUUUUAGUCAAUAUUAGAGAUCUAAAUAUAGUUGUGAAUAAAUAAGCGUCCAAGGG